AUGAGUGGAAAAGGAGCAAAAAAGAACGAAACGUCUUCCAAGGGCCAGAGAAUUGCCAUCGUGUCCAGCGACAAGUGCAAGCCGAAAAAGUGCCGUCAGGAAUGCCGCAAGUCUUGUCCCGUGGUGAAGACAGGCAAGUUGUGUAUUGAGGUGACACCAGCGCUGAAGAUUGCCUUCAUUUCGGAAACAUUAUGUAUUGGAUGUGGUAUUUGCGUGAAGAAGUGCCCGUUCGACGCCAUCAACAUCAUCAAUUUGCCCACAAACUUGGAGGCUGAAACUACCCACAGAUACUCUGCCAACUCGUUCAAGUUGCACAGGUUACCCACACCUAAACCAGGUGAGGUUCUUGGUUUGGUCGGAACCAACGGUAUCGGUAAAUCCACAGCCUUGAAGAUUUUAGCGGGUAAGCAGAAACCCAAUUUAGGUAGGUACGAUGACCCACCAGACUGGGAAGAGAUCUUGAGGUAUUUUAGAGGGUCUGAGUUACAAAAUUUCUUUACCAAGGUUUUGGAGGACAACAUCAAGGCCAUUAUCAAGCCACAGUACGUCGACAAUAUCCCCAGGGCGCUCGCAAAGUCGCCUGUGAAAGACGUUGCAGGCAUCUUGAAGGCUAAGUGUGCUAGAAAAGACUCGUGGGACUACAUCAUGAAACUCCUAGAGUUGGACCCGGUCAUGAAGAGAGACGUUGAUCAAUUGUCUGGUGGUGAGUUGCAGAGAUUUGCCCUUGCCAUGACCUGUGUCCAGGAAGCGAAUGUCUACAUGUUUGACGAGCCUUCCUCUUAUUUGGAUGUCAAGCAGAGAUUGAGAGCCGCUGAAUUGAUCCGUUCCCUUUUGGAGCCUUCCACAUACGUUAUUUGUGUGGAGCACGAUUUGUCUGUCUUGGAUUACUUGUCCGACUACGUCUGUAUCUUGUACGGUACUCCUUCUGUGUACGGUGUGGUGACCUUCCCUGCAUCUGUGAGGGAAGGCAUCAACAUCUUCUUGGAUGGUUUCCUUCCUACGGAGAAUAUGAGGUUCAGAGAAGAAAGCUUGCAGUUCAAGUUGGCUGAUGCCGCUGACGGUUUGAUCUUGGACCACUCCACUGCUAUGCAAUACCCAACUUUGGAAAAAACUCAGGGUGAUUUCCACUUAAGAGUUGAGGCUGGUGAGUUCACCAACUCUGAAAUCUUGGUCAUGUUCGGUGAGAAUGGUACUGGUAAGACUACAUUCUGUAAGAUGUUGGCCGGUGCCUUAGCUGCCGACAAUGGUGUCGAAGUACCUAAACUCAACAUUUCUAUGAAGCCACAGAAGAUCGCUCCGAAGUUCCCUGGUACAGUGAGGCAAUUGUUUUUCAAGAAGAUCAAGGCGGCAUUUUUGAACCCACAGUUCCAAACUGAUGUCGUGAAGCCACUCAAGAUCGACAACAUCAUUGACCAAGAGGUUCAAACCUUGUCUGGUGGUGAGUUGCAAAGAGUUGCUCUUGUGUUGGCUCUCGGUAUUCCAGCAGACAUCUAUUUGAUUGAUGAACCAUCUGCAUACUUAGAUUCGGAGCAGCGUAUUGUCUGUUCUAAGGUGAUCAGAAGAUUCAUCUUGCAUGCUAAGAAGACUGCAUUCAUCGUGGAGCACGAUUUCAUGAUGGCUACCUACUUGGCCGACAGGGUGAUCGUGUUUGAGGGUACGCCAUCCAAGAACGCAGUUGCCAAGGCACCAGAGUCCUUGUUGACUGGUUGUAACAGAUUUUUGAAGAACUUGAGCGUGACCUUCAGAAGAGAUCCUAACUCUUUCAGACCCAGAAUUAACAAGAGAGAUUCUCAGAUGGACAAGGAGCAGAAGGCUGCGGGCAACUACUUUUUCUUGGACAACACUGAGUUGUAA